CCCUAGUUAAUGCCCAGCCACAACAUCUCUGCUGUGUACUGCCACUGCUGCUGCUCAAAGGGAGCUCCUAGGCUUUGCUGAAGAAAGAUGGCUUUCUGGACGCAGUUGGGAUUGCUGCUAUGGAAAAACUUUACCUACAGAAGAAGACAGACUUUCCAGCUGCUGAUCGAAGUUGCCUGGCCUCUGUUUAUCUUCUUCAUCCUGAUCUCUGUAAGACUUUCAUAUCCGCCCUAUGAGCAACAUGAAUGUCACUUCCCAAACAAAGCUAUGCCUUCAGCGGGAACCUUGCCAUGGAUACAGGGGAUCAUCUGCAAUGCCAACAACCCUUGCUUUCGCUAUCCAACUCCUGGAGAAUCCCCCGGUAUAGUUGGAAACUUCAAUGCCUCCAUUGUUUCCCGCCUGUUCUCGGAUGCCAAGAGGUUGCUCUUGUACAGCCAACAGGACACGAGCAUAAAGGAUGUCCAGAAGGUCCUGGGAAAACUGCGCAAAUUGGGAAACUCCGCUGUCUCAGACUUGAAACUUCGGGAUUUCCUGAUUGACAAUGAGACAUUUUCAGACUUCCUUCGUCAGAAUGUGUCCAUGCCAUCAUCUGCAAUAGAAGAGCUGCUGAAUGCAGAAGUCAACCUCCGACAGGUCAUUGUGUCUGGUUACCGAAUGCGACUGCAGGAUUUCUGCAAUAGCUUAGCACUGUCUGAAUUUCUUACAGUCCAAAAUCAGACAGUAGCCAAGGACUCAGAAGUCUUUGUUUGCACCUUGUCGAAGGAAAAACUCCAUGCAGCUGAACAAGCCUUCCGUGCAAACCUGAAUCCUUUGAAGCCCCUUCAGAGACAAAUUUCUUUCAAUUCUUCCUUGCGGGAUCUGUCAGAAACUGUGGAAACUUUGAGAGGGAGCCUUAGGAAGCUUGUUGAAGAGUUGCUGAGCAUGAAGAGCUGGAGCGACAUGAGGCAAGAGGUGAUGUUCCUAACCAAUGUGAAUGCCUCCAACUCUUCUACACAAAUCUACCAGGCUGUGUCACGCAUUGUGUGUGGCCAUCCUGAGGGUGGAGGGCUCAAAAUUAAAUCCCUCAACUGGUAUGAGGAUAACAAUUACAAAGCACUGUUUGGAGGAAACAGCACUGAAGACGAUGUAACUAACUUCUAUGAUAACUCCACAACACCCUACUGCAAUGAGCUGAUGAAGAACCUGGAAUCCAGCCCGCUUUCCAGGAUUAUCUGGAGGGCUUUGAAACCCUUGCUGAUUGGGAAGAUCUUAUACACUCCAGACACACCAGCUAUAAGGAAGGUCAUGACUGAGGUGAACAGGACAUUCCAGGAGCUGGGUGUGUUUCGUGACCUCGGAGGGAUGUGGGAGGAGAUAAGCCCGAAAAUUUGGACAUUUAUGGAAAGUAGUCAGGAAAUGGACCUCAUUCGGACACUGCUGAAAGGCAAAGCUCUCUGGGACCUGCACUUGCCAGCUUCCAACUGGACAGUGGAGGAUGUUGCCCGUUUCCUGUCAAAGCAUCCAGAGGACUUUGAAACAGCAGGUGACUCAGUGUAUACCUGGGUGGAUGCCUUCAACGAGACAGACCGGGCUAUCCAGACCAUCUCCCGCUUCAUGGAGUGUGUGAACUUGGACAAACUGGAGCCUGUGGCCACAGAAGUCCAACUUAUAAACAAGUCAUUGGAGCUUAUGGACGAAAGGAGGUUCUGGGCUGGCAUAGUCUUCACUGAAAUAGCUCCUAACAGCGUAGAGCUCCCUCAACACGUGAAAUACAAGAUACGCAUGGACAUUGAUAAUGUGGAAAGGACCAACAAGAUCAAGGACGGGUACUGGGAUCCUGGUCCCCGUGCUGACCCCUUUGAGGACAUGCGCUAUGUUUGGGGAGGCUUUGCCUACCUGCAGGAUGUGGUGGAACAGGCAAUCAUCAGGGUACAGACAGGCACGGAGAAGAAGACGGGAGUUUAUGUGCAGCAGAUGCCCUACCCAUGUUAUGUGGAUGACAUAUUUCUGCGUGUCAUGAGCCGCUCCAUGCCUCUCUUCAUGACUCUAGCCUGGAUCUACUCAGUGGCUGUGAUAAUUAAGGGCAUUGUAUAUGAGAAGGAGGCCCGGCUGAAGGAGACGAUGAGGAUUAUGGGACUUGACAACGGCAUCCUGUGGCUAAGCUGGUUCAUUAGCAGCCUCAUUCCUCUCCUGAUGAGCGCAGGCCUGCUGGUGCUGAUCCUUAAGAUGGGAAAUCUACUGCCUUACAGCGACCCUAGCGUGGUAUUUGUUUUCCUCUCGAUCUUUGGUGUUGUGACCAUCCUCCAGUGCUUCCUCAUCAGCACUGUGUUCUCCAGAGCCAACUUGGCAGCUGCCUGUGGGGGUAUUGUCUAUUUCACGCUGUACCUGCCUUAUGUGCUGUGUGUUGCCUGGCAGGACUACAUCAGCUUCUCACUCAAGAUCUUUGCGAGCCUCCUGUCUCCAGUAGCCUUUGGCUUUGGUUGUGAGUACUUUGCACUGUUUGAGGAGCAAGGAGUUGGUGUUCAGUGGGAUAACUUCUUUGAGAGCCCAUUGGAAGAAGAUGGCUUUAGCAUCACCACAUCUGCUGUCAUGAUGUUGUUUGACACCUUCCUGUAUGGGGUCAUGACGUGGUACAUUGAGUCUGUCUUCCCAGGCCAGUAUGGAAUUCCCAGGCCAUGGUACUUUCCUUUCACAAAGUCCUAUUGGUUUGGCGAGGAGCCACAGGACAGGGAGCACCCUCAUCCUGACCAGAAGGGGCCUUCGGAAGUCUGCAAGGAAGAAGAACCUAUGCAUCUGAGCCUUGGUGUUUCUAUCCAGAACCUGGUCAAGGUCUAUCGCGAUGGCAAGAAAGUUGCUGUAGAUGGUCUCACACUGAAUUUCUAUGAAGGACAAAUUACCUCGUUUCUGGGACAUAAUGGAGCAGGAAAAACUACUACCAUGUCCAUCUUGACUGGUUUGUUCCCCCCAACCUCUGGUACAGCUUUCAUCCUGGGCAAAGAUAUCCGCUCUGAGCUCAGCACCAUCAGACAGAACCUGGGUGUCUGUCCACAACACAAUGUGCUGUUUGACUUGCUGACUGUGGAGGAGCACAUCUGGUUCUACGCUCGACUCAAAGGGCUGCCAGAAAAGAAGGUGAAAGAGGAGAUGGAACAGAUGGCAAUGGAUGUGGGUUUGCCACACAAACUGAAAGCUAGGACAAACAAACUCUCUGGUGGCAUGCAGAGGAAACUCUCAGUUGCCUUAGCCUUUGUUGGUGGCUCCAAAGUUGUCAUUCUGGAUGAACCUACAGCUGGGGUGGACCCUUAUUCUCGCAGAGGGAUAUGGGAAUUGCUUUUGAAGUACCGGCAAGGUCGCACUAUCAUUCUUUCCACACACCACAUGGAUGAAGCAGACAUUCUAGGAGACCGGAUUGCCAUAAUUUCUCAUGGCAAGCUCUGCUGUGUUGGCUCUUCACUCUUCCUGAAGAACCAGCUGGGAACAGGCUAUUAUUUGACCCUUGUCAAGAAGGACGUGGAUUCCUCUCUGAGUUCCUGCCGAAACAGCAGUAGCACAGUGUCCUAUCUGAAAAAGGAUGACAGUGUCUCCCAGAGCAGCUCUGAUGCUGGCCUUGGCAGUGACCAUGAAAGUGACACACUGACAAUAGAUGUCUCUGCAAUUUCAAAUCUCAUUACAAAACAUGUUCCUGAGGCCAGGCUGGUGGAGGACAUUGGCCAUGAAUUAACCUAUGUCUUGCCAUACAAGGCUGCUAAAGAGGGAGCUUUUGUGGAGCUGUUCCAUGAAAUUGAUGACCGACUCUCUGAUCUUGGUAUCUCCAGCUAUGGCAUCUCUGAAACCACCCUGGAGGAGAUCUUCCUGAAAGUGGCUGAUGAUAGUGGUGUGGAUGCAGAAACCUCAGAUGGGACAUUGCCAGCCAGAAGAAACAGACGUGUGUUUGGGGACAGACAGAGCUGUCUUCGUCCUUUUACAGAAGAUGAUGCAUAUGAUCCUAAUGAUUCAGACAUAGAUCCAGAAUCCAGAGAGACAGACCUUCUCAGUGGCAUAGAUGGGAAAGGCUCCUACCAGAUGAAGGGCUGGAAGCUCACCCAGCAGCAGUUCAUGGCUCUGUUGUGGAAGAGGCUGCUCAUUGCCAAGAGGAGCCGGAAGGGCUUCUUUGCUCAGAUUGUGUUGCCAGCUGUCUUUGUGUGUAUUGCUCUCAUGUUCAGCCUGAUUGUUCCUCCCUUUGGGAAGUACCCCAGCCUGGAAUUGCAGCCCUGGAUGUAUGAUGAGCAGUACACUUUUAUUAGCAAUGAUGCUCCAGAAGAUACAGGCACUCAGAAGCUUUUGGAUGCCCUUCUCAAUAAGCCUGGUUUUGGGACACGCUGUAUGCAGGGACACUCCAUCCCAAACACUCCUUGCACUGUGGGACAGAGGGAAUGGACCACUACUUCAGUGCCAGACUCGGUCCUGGACAUCUUUCUGAAAGGCAACUGGAGCAUGGAGAACCCUUCUCCAUCUUGUGAGUGCAGCAGUGAGAAGAUCAAGAAGAUGUUACCUGUGUGUCCUCCUGGUGCAGGCGGCCUGCCACCCCCACAGCGUGAGCAAGACACUGCUGACAUCCUCCAGAAUCUGACAGGCCGCAAUAUAUCCGAUUACCUAGUGAAGACCUACGCACAAAUCAUUGGGAAAAGCUUAAAGAAUAAGAUCUGGGUGAAUGAGUUCAGGUAUGGUGGUUUUUCCUUGGGAGCCAGCAGUUCCCUCAUGCUUCCACCAAGCCAUGAAGUCACAGAUGCCAUUAAACAAGUGAAGAAAAUCUUGGAACUAGCACAGGGAAGUUCUGGAGAUCGAUUUCUCAACAGCUUGUCAAGUUUCAUGAAAGGCCUGGAUACAAAGAACAACGUGAAGGUAAAUUCACCAGUUCUCACUGCUGUGCCUGCUGUUUGA